CCGUUCAUGUGUACGUGAUGCCAACGGACUAAGAUAAACAAAAUUUUGCUGCCGACCGUCGUACUGGACACACGGAAAGAAGUGCUCUGCUGCAGGGACCCGAACGGGAAGUCCUACCGAGAACCAAACUCUACGUAAGAAACGAGGCAACAGGAAUGGCGGCGUUUGACCUAAUCGCGAACGCACUAACAGCGCUGCAGGAGGCAACACAAACUCUGACAACGAAUUACAAGACAAUUUCUGUGACGUCUGAAAUUAGAGACCUUGUAUACGAGUUUCAUGCCAGUUUGAAGCACGAUCUGAUCAGCAUCGAGUCCCUGCGUUGGCUGGGUGACUGCGCGCGGCACCUUCUCCCCUGGAUCCGGCUGGACCUGUCGUCGCCCAUCUUCCUGCUUCUCGUACCGAUGCUGCUGAGUUUGGUGCUUCGAAGGUGGCGCACAGACAAAGGUGGGCGCUCAGAGAAAACCAGGAUCGCCAGUGCCCCACCUCGCUGCCUCACUCGACCAACCACCGUCGAGAAGGAAACGCGCUUUACGCUGGCUAGACGGAGCCGCCCUCGUCGUCUGUGUGGCACCAGGCACGACGCCGAUCACUGCUUCACAAGGAGGAUUGCCGAGGGUCGCGUCAUGACAAAGCCAGUCGCUGCGAGACUGAUUCAGCGCUGGGUCCGCGCCAAGUUCCAGCCAUGGGUCCUCGAAAGGGUGGCUUACAGCGCCAACCCUCCACGCCCCCAGAGCGAGCCAGACUGGACGGACAGGGACGCCGGUGCAACAAUCGUCACCCUCGUAGACCACGACGACAGGUCGACCAUCGGACCCCAGCAUCCUGGCGAUGCUCGCUUGGUGGACAUUGAUUCGGACGAGCCCGAGAGCGUGUACGAACAACCCAUGGACGACGCGGACGCUGUUUCCCCCAGCUCACCCCGCUGUCGCGGAGCUGCGACGAUUUCGACAACGCGUCUUCUUCCUUCCAGAAACCAAAUUGAUGGGCGCUAACCGGAAGAGGCAGCGCAGGUGCUGGAGACGGUUCAGUCGUUUCCGCGAGAUGACCAGCAGUGACCUUCUGUGGCUGUUGGACUCGCGUCGAUACUUACGCGUAAGGCGGCCAGACAAAGCCAAAAACGAAAAUUGCAUAGCGGUGACCAGGACCUGUGGUUGCGUUCUCGACAAAUAAAU